UUUUUCUUUCUUUCUUUUUUAAAUAUCCAGAUUGCCAUAGUAAUAUUUGUCAAGGCGGCUGGUGUGAAGAGACUAUGACUGCCUUCAAAUGCCACUGCUAUGACGGAUAUGAAGGGAAACUCUGCGAUCAACAAUCAACUUCUAAACAAAACAUCACAGCGAUCUCUUCAAUCAAAACAACCCCAUCUCCUACAACUACACCGCUAGAGCAGGUUCCAUGUUCGUACGAGUCCUGGACAGUUUACCAAGGAAGUUGCUACAAACAUUUUGCCAAUAAACUCAGUUUUUUGGAGGCCUUGUUCUUUUGCCGGAAUUUGACUAAUAAGCAAUCUUGUCCGAUAGACUUGGUCUCUAUUCAUAGCCGGGAAGAGAAUGAAUUCGCUGCUCAACUUUUCUUUAAUGAUACUGGCUGUGUCGAAUCGACGACCCCCUCUGGCUUUGCAACUCCUUGGUUUUGGAUCGGUCUGUACCAGCCAGUACCAGACAGUGACUUUGUUUGGUCAGACGGCACCCGGGUUAACUACACGUCAUGGCGAAUGAAUGAGCCUAGCGAUCAUGAUGGAAUCGAGGAUUGCACGCACUCUUAUUUUGUAUCAUGUACUUUGCCCUACGGUUUUGAAUGGAAUGAUCUUAGCUGCGAUCAAAACUUAUCCUUCGCCUGUAAACACCCUGUCCUCUGCUAG